CUUUUUCAACUGAACCCGCUUUAUGUAUUACCUAUUUAUUUUAUUUCUCAUUGUUGUAUGUUUUUAAGUUCGUAGUGGUUUCACCGUAACCUAAGAUGAUUGCUGAACCAUAUGACUUCAGCAUCGAUGUUGAAAGCCUAGAAAACGAUGAAAUCCAAGAGGGUGGCUUGACAACUGAACAGUACAUCAAACUGUUUUCUGCCUACUUGUACAACAAUGAAUUAUGUGCCGCAAAAUUUUUAUGGCGCCGUGUGCCUGAUUCUUUAAAGAGUAAUCCAGAACUACAAAAAGUCUGGUCAAUAGGUAAAGCUCUUUGGACAAAACACUACACCCAAGCCUAUGAAUUGAUCGACUGCAAAUGGUCUGAUGUAUUGGAGCCGAUCAUGGUGGCAAUCAAGUCUCGCAUUCAACAAGACACAUUGAAAUUUAUUAGCACUCAUUAUGAAAAUAUCCAGCUUGAUAAAUUUCAAACAUUUAUGGGAGUGAACAAAGAACAAGCUGAAAGGAUUGUGGAAAGAGAAGGUUGGACAUUAUUGAAUGGAUAUGUAAUUCCAGUGGCAAUCAAUGAACCCGAACUGACAUUAAGUGGUAGUCAGGAAAUUCUGGACAGAUUGGUAACUUUAUCAUCUUUUACAUCUUACGUUGAAAAUUGAACCAGCCAUGAUGUGUAUUGAGUAAAUUUAAUGCUGUAACUUUCAAUUAUGAUUACUUGGUAUAAAAUUAAUAUUAGCGAACAAUUUGUAUGUUAAAUCUAAAAAGCUUUAAUAAAAGUAUAUAAGGAUAUGUA